GUUUUUGAUUAUUGUAGGUGUUUUAUGAAAAUAUUUUUUCCAAAAAUUCAAAUUGUUUCCUUGAAAAAAAUCAUGCAGUAUUGAUUACGAGUUCUGAGUUUGUUAGAAAAUAGAUAUUUUUCUCCGACAUUCGUCUAUACUAAGGAAUAGUCCAAGCUUUGCAAUAUUUUGUUUAAUUAAGCAGAAAUGGCAGAUAGCAAUGGUGAAUUGAAUGAUGAAGACAUCAUUAUUAAUGAUCAGGACGGUCUUCCAAAUGUACAUCCGAAUUUGAUACCAGAGGCCGAAAUUGACAGUCCUGAACACCAAACAGAUGACGAAUUUGAGGACUUGCCUUCUUCACUAAUAGUCACAAACAUAAAUGACUCUGUGUUUACAUCCCAAGCCAAAAAGCAUGAAAUGGAAGAUCUCUUCAAAAAUUUUGAUCCAGACGUAACGUUCCAAUGGCUAAGGAGUUUUCACAGACUUCGAGUAAACUUUCAGACUCCUUUCGCAGCUGCCAGCGCUCGAAUCCAGCUACAUCAGUACAAAAUUAACGAUUCCGUGAUCACAUGCUACUUUGCACAGCCUGUUACACCUGUGAGAAAUCCAAAUUUACAACCACCUGCACCUUACAAACAGUUUCUGAUAUCUCCUCCUGCUUCUCCACCUUUAGACUGGGAGCCUCGCCCUGAAGGGGAACCUAUCAUCAAUCACGAUUUGUUGGCUGCUUUGGCUACCCUUACUCCAGGAGGUACCCACGAAUUACAUCCACCUUCUCCUGGACAACCAGCUAUAGUGGUUCAUACUGCUUUCGGAGUAAAUAACUCUGGUCCAAAACCACGGGUUUCGCAAACAGCUUGUCCUGAGAGAAGUUAAUUUCUACUUGUUGGUAUGUAAAUAAAUAGGGAGUUAGUUACUUAAUUUGGAUUCAUGCAGCAGCAGUUGACAGUUUACAAAUAUACAUUGAAAAUGAUUUUCCCUGUUGGAAUUUUGGGCAAUACAUGUUUGAAAAAAGUAUAAUACAAAAUAGUGUAUUUUUUAAGAACCAGUUUGUAAAAUACAAUUUGUUUAUUGAUAACUGAUGCUGAAUAAAUCCUCUGUUGCUUUAGUCAAAAUCCAAAGUUUAUAUUCCUUGGCUAAACAAAAUAUAUAUUACCAAAGGGUUUCAUAGUUUCUGAAAUAUUGUUUGUAAACAUAAUGGUGUCAAAAAGAUUGAUUAUAUUAGUGCAAGGAGAAGUGUUUGGCAGUUAGAUUUUCAUCAGAUUCAUUUACACUAGGAAAACAAAUUUCAAAAUUAUUAAUUUUUGAAUGAGAUGUGGGUAAUUUCAACGUUGUCAUUUAAGAAUUAUAAAUUAAUCAGUUCUCUCCUAAUUGAAAUGAACUCGAAACUGAAGUUGUUCUUGCCUAUUUAUACGCUGCUGUAGAUGUGGUGUGGAAAAUCCUGAUUGAUCGACAGUGUGCAUGGUUGGUGGGAUAUGUCACGAAUUGGUCAAGUUCUUCAUGUCCAUGAGGCUAAAUGAUGAAAAUGUCGAUAUAUCUUUACCAUAAUUUGGGUUUCAUAGGGGCGUUGUUCAGGGUCUUGCUUUCGAAAUAGCCCAUGAAUAGGUUGGAGAUGACAGGUGAUAAAGCAGAACCCAUUGGUGCACCCUCUAUCUGUAUAUAAAAUCUGUUGUUGAAACUGAAAUAUGUGUUUUUUCAAGCAGUGGUCCGAGAGUUCGAUAAUGUGAGCUGGUAGGUCGUUCAUGGCUAUCUGGUUUAGUGCUUCAUUUAUUGGUACGUUGGAGUACUAAGAUAUGUCCAAACUGGCACAUAUAUUGUUUGUGUACAAUGUGAUGUUUUUUAUGAGUCUGAUUAAAUGCUCUGAGUUUUUGACAUAUGAUUGAUAGAUAGAUAGAUAGAUAAUAUAUGUGUCUCUUUAGGUUGUUCUUACAACAUGAGAUAUGUCAAAAAAAAAUGAAAAACAAACAACAAGUACAAACACAUUAAGAAUAGUCAAUUUCGAUUGUUCAUGCUCUGUUAGUGGCUGCAUUAAGCUGGCCAGCUAUAUUUCAAGGGGCUGCAGUGGAGAUGUAAUUGCGCUGACGAUGGGUAUCUUUUGUUUGUGGAUUUUUGGUAAUCCAUAUAACUUGGGACAUCGGCUGGACUCUUCUCUAGAAUAGACUUAUAUCCAGAUCUGAAUGCUUAAGUGGCAGAUGUAACUAGGAACGAAUGAUAACAAGUCUAGAUAAUGCUAUCUAUUCAUAUUCAGAAAUGUGACUUUGGGAAUUUUUUCUAAAUUAGUUAAUUUUUAAUAUUUUGUUUGGCCAAGAUUCUUGAAUCUUAUAAGUUUUCCUUGAGUAUAUAUAUAUACGUAUUGCUAAAAUUUGAAUCAAAUUUCGAUAUGAAACUAUAAGGAAAUUUUGCCUUUGGUAAACCUGGAUUCCUAUUUUAUGUUUAAUUUUUGAGGUGAACUAAGCGUGAAAUAAUUUUUGUAUUAAACAAACAGCUUUUUUUGUGAUAUAGUAUUUAGUUAAUUUAUCAAAGUGGACUGUUGAAAUGAAUGUUUUUCAGUGACCGUUUUGUACCUGACAUGAACAAAUAAACAAUAAUUCAAUAUUGUGAAAAAUAAUAA